CUGACUCUUAUUAUUAUGUAAUUUACCCCCCUGACCCCUUCGCUCACCUUUUCCAGUUCCUUUCUCCACCUAACCAUAUUUACUCGGCAAAUCUAUAAGCUAAGCAAAGUCUUACAUUCUGUUGAAGAGUUCCUGGGAAGAACCCAUUACGACCAGAUCGUCACCUGUAGUUUUUAUUGGGUUUGAUAUGAGAAAGUAAACCCUUUUAUUCAGUCUUUGUGCAUUUUUUUAAUGAAACUUUGGCGUGAGGUUGAGGUGAUUAAUGGAGUUUUUAAAGAUCUGGAUUCUGGGUUUGUUUGCAAGUGUGCAAAGAUUCGGUCUUUUGGGUUGGAGGUAAUUAAAUAGCUAAAUUAAUAUUUGUUAAUCUUGAUCGUUUGUGAUUUUGUUUUGAUAUUUUUGGGACUGAUAUACGAGUUUAAAGUGAAUUCUUUCUGGAUUUGGGUUGAUUGCUGUGAUCAUCGCUUGGAUUUGUUGUUAAAGUUGCUUUCAAAAUUGUUGCUUUUAUUUAUAUGUAUAGGUUUUACUGGGGUUUUUGAUAAUUCAGUGGGAAGAAGGUAUUUUCUUUUUUAUUUUGGUUGUAGAUUUGUUGAGAUUAAUGGAAAAGGAGACAAGAGAGAGGGGAGGAAGUGGGGUUCAUUUGGGUGAAGUUGAUAUGGGAACUGGUGAAAAUCCAAAGCUUGGGACUGGUAUUUUGGUUAGUUCUGAGGAAAAUGUGCAUGGUGCUGGAGAACAUGCAGAUGUAAGAUUGAGAAACAAUGAUCUUGGUUUGAUGCAGUGUGGGAAUGGAAUCAGUGAGCCAUUGAAUCAGGUUGACCAAGGAACCAGUGGGGAUUUGAGUAAUUCAGUUCAUGCCAAUGUGUUGGAGGAUGUUAUUGUGAUUGACUCUGAAGAAAACUCAUGCCUUAGUAAGGAGAAUGGGGCUUUGAUAGUGGAAAGCAAAGAAUCAGGAUCAAGUGAGGCAUUGGCGGAAGCAAGCCAGAGGGUCAUAAUUCAGGACAGGCCUGUUGAGGGAGGAAUUAACGAGACAAUAGGUCAAGUUGAUAAAGGAAGUCAUGGGAGUUUGAAUAACUCGCAAAGUGGAUCUGUGGUUGAGGUGGUUAUUGUGAUUAACUCACAAGAGGCAGUGGGUGAGGGUGGAGGAAAUAGAGUCACAGAAAUGAAAGGCAAUGGACUGGGUUCAAGUAAAGUAUUGGAGGAGAAGCCAAAGGCAAAGCCUAAGAGUUCUGAAGCAGAUAAUUCUUGUGUGAUUGACAUAAAGAGUGGUGCCAGUGGCAGACUGGGGUUUAAGGAGACUUCUGAUGGGGAAAGGGUUUGUCGGAUUUGUCAUUUGACUUCAGAGCAGUUGCUGGAAUGUGAUGAUAGUACUUCAGCUACUGCUACAGAUCUAAUUCAACUUGGUUGUGCUUGCAAAGAUGAGCUUGGAAUUGCACAUAGUCAUUGUGCUGAAGCAUGGUUUAAGCUAAAAGGAAACAGAUUCUGUGAAAUUUGUGGUGAGUCUGCCAAAAAUGUUACUGGUGUCGGAGAUAACAGAUUUGUGGAAGAAUGGAAUGUAGAGCGAUACACCCUUGGUGGUAGUAACUCAUCAAAUAGGGGUGGUGGGUGUUGGCGAAGACAGCCAUUCUGUAACUUCCUGAUGGCAUGUCUGGUAAUAGCCUUUGUUCUGCCAUGGUUCUUUCGUGUAAAUAUGUUUUAGUACCAUGUGAAUAGACCUCGAGACUUCUUCCAUGCAUCACCAUUUCGUGCCUGCUUCAGCUGGUGCAGCAGUAGCCUUUAGGUACAUAUGAUGCAGUCAAUGAAGCUACUUCAGAGGGCCGUUUUGUGGUCAACAUAUCUGUUUAAACAUCCUGUCUGUCUUCUUUUUUCAGCCGAAAGAGUAGACUUGAGGCUCCAGCUUUCCCAAGUUGUCACCUCGACAAUAAAAUACUCCUCCGUGAAGUUUUUAUUACUUUGCUGCAACACUUGUUGCUGGUAUGGAAUUCUUUGGUUGUUUACCUUUUCAGCAUCUAGAUUAGAGGUUAGGCAAGGAUUGACCGGGCUACAUUUCUUGGAGAAUAUUCACCCCUUUUAAUCGUAUUCUUAAUAUACAUACAUCCUUGUUUUUCUUGGGUCUAAAUUUGUCAGCAAUCUGAGGAUUGCCUUAACACUGGGUAUCAUAAAAAAUUUGUUCAAUA